AUGGGUAAAUCAGUGACCGGCGUGGAGGAUUGGAUAAGAGGAAUGACGCUAGAGCCACAUACACAGAGGAAGGCAGAGGAAGAGGAAGAGGAAGAGGAAGAGGAAGAGGAAGAGGAAGAGGAAGAGGAAGAGGAAGAGGAAGAGGAAGAGGAAGAGGAAGAGGAAGAGGAAGAAUUGAAUCACAUCUCACUUUUCCUACAAUCAGUUGCAACGAGACAAAUAGAGUGA